GUGGGAUUAAGUUUGAAUAUCUCUAUAAAACGUUUCACCAAUUGCUUGGAAUGACGGAUCAUCCGGACCAUGAGGUGGUUCAUCUGCACACCACGGGAGAUCUCCGGUGUGGCAGUCCUUCUGAUCUCACAGGAACCGCUGAAAUGAGACGUGUGAGCUCUUCCCCCAUUCUGUCAGACUUGCCAUCCUUGUUUAGUAACUUGAGAACCAACGAGAGAGAAAAGAGGGGUAGUGAAAGACGGCUGAAUAGUCAUGCCGAGAGGAUACAACUCCUGGGUGGACAAGUGUCUGUGGAACAGUCAGGAAAUGGUUCAGCCAACCCUUUGGGAAAUUCUUUCGGGGUUGGACAUACUGCGGGUAAUCAACCCAAUGGAUUGGCUCUGAAAGUCACAAUCCCUCCAGUAUUUCUCAAAGAUGGUAUGCCAUUACUUAAAGUAUCGCACAAGUCGAAAAAACGGAUUCUUUUCCGUAUAGAUCCUGAUAACUUCAUGCUAUCAUGGAAUAUUGCCAGUACUCCAUUACUGUCCAAUCUACAAAGACUUAUCUCCCCGGGCACCCAACUGUCCAAGGGGAAACUCACAGAGGUGUCGAUAGAUGACAUCAAGAACAUUCUCGCGCAGGAAGAUGCCACCAAUUACCGUGAAGAGCUUCAUAUCUCCAAGGAGUUCGAAUCUACAUGGUUAACGCUAUUCUACUACAAUUCUCAAAAAAGUAAAUUGAAAACGCUACAUGUCAUUGCAGACUCAGACCAUGACUUCAAAAGACUUGUGUCUGUGUUGAGUGACCUCAAACGAUUACGUGACGACUUUGCUCGGAAUUUUUUGAUUGAUAUCGAUGGAUUGGACGAGGCUAGAAGAAGCAUGAUCUUAUCGGGCGGCAAACAAAUCAAACAAUUCCUUUCCUUGGAGGAUAUUUUGAAGUACUCUAAACGCUUGAAUAUCAACGUUCUGCCAGCAUAUUUGGGGAAAGUGUUUGCUCAGGCAGCCAUGGGGAAAUCAAGUUUGAAUUUUGAUCAAUUUAAAAACUUUGUGAACAUUUUAAAGCAUCGGGAAGAUGUCUUGGCAGUAUGGAGACAAUGGUCUGGCGGUGGGGACAUCAUGACGUACCCACAGUUUCGGAAAUUCAUCAAGAAAGUGCAAAUGGAACUGUACCCUGACGAUCAUAUCAUGCGGAUAUUCAAUGCAUUCUCGGGGCAACAAGAAGGAUUAUCACCAGAGAAUUUCAACAAUUAUUUGAGUUCCAAAUACGCUCUGCCAUAUUUCGAAUUGGAUGAACAUUAUUUCGAAAUGCCCUUGAAUGAGUACUUCAUUUCUUCUUCUCACAACACAUAUCUCCUUGGAAGACAAUUUGUAGGGGACAGUUCCAUCGAAGGGUAUAUCAAGGUUCUUCAACGUGGAUGUAGAUGUGUUGAAGUGGAUGUAUGGGACGGUAGUCUUGGAGGUGAUGAAAAUGGGGCUUCUGGGACUGAACCGAUUGUUUCUCAUGGUCGAACGUUUACCACGGCCAUUUCCUUUUUAAAUGUCAUAAGAACCAUCAAAAAAUAUGCCUUUAUGACGUCCCCAUACCCGGUGAUCAUUUCAUUAGAAGUGCAUUGUAAUGUAGAAAACCAAUUGAAGAUGGUUUCCGUAUUGAAGGAAGUGUUGGGGGAAAUGUUGGUGUUGUACCCCAUUGAUGAAGGGUUUGGCUUACCAUCUCCCAAGGCAUUGAAACAUAGAAUCCUUGUCAAGGCGAAACGUACCUGUCAACCGGAAAAUCUUGCCGUUAGUGAGAGUGGGAAAUAUUAUUCAACAUCCACUUCAACCACCACUUCUUUCAGUGAAGACAAUGAAAGACCUGAGCGGAAACGUAGCAAUUCAUUCAGUUUAAGGAAACUGAAAACAAGCAAGAUUUGUUUGGCAUUGAGUGAUUUGGGGGUUUAUUUACAAGGGAUCAAGUUUCGGAACUUUUCACUUCCUGAACUGAAAACUUUCAAUCAUUGUUUUUCAAUUAGUGAGAAAUCUUUAAACACCAUGUUGAAAGAUGAGGUUCGACAAACCCAGGUUGAUAAGCACAAUCGACGGUAUUUCAUGAGGGUUUACCCUCUGAAAAUCCGAUUAUUAUCAACGAAUUUCAUCCCGGUGAACUAUUGGGCUCAUGGAGUGCAAAUGGUUGCCACAAACUGGCAAACGUAUGAUUUGGGACAACAAUUGAACGAGGCAAUGUUUGAAGGGGUUAAUAAAACUGGGUAUGUGAUCAAACCCAUGGAGUUACGGAAACCAUUUCUUAAAUCAAUGAGAGUACAAGUGAACCUGGAACGACGGAUUUGGUUUAAUAUUGAGAUUAUUAGUGCCCAUCAAUUACCUAAACCGAAAGAUGCCGCAAUAAAUCCAUUUGUAUCCUUUGAGAUAAUUGGAGCAAAUUCUGUACAAUGGGGCGAUUCCAAUGCCACGAAACGACUGGAGGCGGUUGUGGAAAAUGGAUUCAAUCCAACUUGGAACCAAAAAUUCAGCGGCAUCAUCACUGCUGCAAAUGAUUUGGUGUUUGUACGAUUUCUGGUCAAUUCAGAGGAUGGUAACGAAGUCCAUCCGAUUGGAAUUGUGAUCAGCAGAUUAAGUGAUCUCAAGCGAGGGUAUCGGUACCUUCCGGUGACCGACAUCUCUGGAGAGGAACUCAUUUACUCACAUCUUUUUCUCCGCAUCGAAUACGAUGACAUGGAUUAUUUAUAGACAGAGAAAGAACAAGUGAGAGCGUACUAAGAUUAUGACUAUAUA